CUCUGCUUUUAUAUUGAGAAUUAUACACUGAUAUGUUUAUAUUUAUUGCAGAAAUAUCAUUGGCUUUGAUGCGUGAAGAUGACGGUGGAAUCAGACUCUGAUCACGGUCCAGAGUGUUUGUCUGUAUGCAACAAGUCUGCAACUCUGACAGGCCAAGGGCCACCGGUGUUGGUUGCCUGUCUGGUCCUCACUUUCUUUGGCUUCAUCAUGCUGGUCGGUCUAGUUGGGAACUCUUUAGUGAUCCAUGAUCACCAGAAGAUGAAGACUGUUGCCAAUUUCUUUAUAGUCUCUUUGGCAACCACAGAUUUAAAAAUGUUUUGUUGCACAGUGAUAGUAACAGACAUACCUUGUGUUCCUGGUUUUCAGGUGACUGCACAGGCGACAUGUGUCACUCUGUCAGCAAUGAGUGUCGACUGCUGCUACGUGACUUUGUACCCUCUGCAAUCUCUGAGACAUCGGACGCCUCGGAGGGCUCUGGCCAUCUCCCUGUCUAUCUGAAUAGGCUCCUUGAUUCUGUCCAUCCCUGUGCUGGAGGUGGGAUACUGCUUGUUCGGUCCUCAGACAUACUGCAAUGAUGUUUUUCCCUCUGCCCAUCUCCAGAGAGCUUUCACCAUCUACAGCUUUCUAGCUGUCUACCUCUUACCCCUGCUUACCAUCACUGUGUGUUAUGCCAUCAUGCUCAAGCGGAUGGGCCAGCCCAGCAUGAAUCCCAUUGGCAGUGGCUACCAAUUUUUCCUUCCAAUAGUCCAACAUUAUUGUAGGUUCUUUACAAUAUUAAGCACCUUGAGCUGACUGGUGUUGUGAUUUGAAUUGAAAAACUUGAAAAUCGAGUGCGCCUUAAUUUUGCAUUCACAGCUGAAGAUUUGGGGUCACUGCAUGUCUUGCUCCAACUCUUCUGUAAACCCGUUUGUGUAUGCUUUCACGGGCAACAACUUUAGAAAGGCUUUCAAGCAUGCCUUCCCUGCCAUUUUGCUGUGGCGCUCAAGAGGGAGAGUCAGAGUGGGAAACACAGACGCAGAGGCACCCAAAGGAGAAGCAGAGAUGCACUUUCUUUCAUCUGGCCCCUAAAGGCCAUGCUGAGCAUUUGGACA